AUGGAUUCCUACCAUGUGUUGGCUCAGGUGGGGCAAGGAUCAUUUGGUCGAGUUCAUAAAGGAAUGAAGAAGUUUACCGGCCAGGUGGUGGCUCUAAAGUUCAUGCCGAAGAUGGGACGCUCGAACAAAGAGCUGCAAAGUCUAAAGAAGGAAAUCGACAUCAUGACAAACCUUCAACAUCCAAACAUUGUGAAGCUUUUUGACAGCUUUGAAACCGAAACAGAGGUGGUUGUUGUGACCGAGUACGCUGAGGGUCAGUUAUUCCAGAUCAUUGAGGAUGAUGGGAGUUUACCAGAAAGUCAGGUUCGUGAGAUUGCCUGCCAGCUGGUGUCAGCUCUGUAUUAUUUGCACUCUCGUCGUAUUCUUCAUCGAGACAUGAAACCGCAAAAUAUCCUAUUUGAUAAGAAUGGAGUGGUGAAACUGUGUGACUUUGGGUUUGCAAGGGCAAUGAGUGUGUCCACCAUGGUGCUGACGUCCAUCAAGGGAACACCCUUGUACAUGUCCCCUGAAUUGGUGGCAGAGAAGCCUUAUGAUCACACUGCAGAUCUCUGGGCGUUGGGCUGCAUUCUUUAUGAAAUCCACACUGGGACGCCUCCUUUCUGUGCUGAUUCUAUCUUCCACUUGGGGCAGCUUAUUGUGAAAGACCCCAUCAUGUGGCCAAACACGAUGAGUAGCACAUGCAAGAGUUUUCUAAAAGGUUUGUUGACCAAAGACCCUCAGAAGCGACUGUCAUGGCCGGACCUCCUCCACCAUCCUUUUGUUGCAGAUAGUGUUCAAGUGAUGCCAGACACAGAUGUUUCAAGCCCUCUGACGGUCACGCCUGACCCAGACACGCUGGCACUGAAACUUAAACAAAUGGCAGAAAAGACGCCACCAGAUUCAGGAGAGAACAGAAUAUUUCGAAAGAUCAGGGAGCAACGAAACAAAAGUAACACAAAGAAAGAGAAGAAGGACGGAAGGUUAUCCAAAAGAAUCUGCGGGGAGGAAGCAGUGUUCAUUAAAGAUACGGCCUUCCCUGUUGAUUUUUUCUCAGCUUUUUCAACCUUGACGUCAGCUCCUCAAAGCCUUGAGCCAAAGAAUCAUGCUGCCGUUACAUCAAAUCAUCAAGAAAGAGGUCUAAUCAGCCAGGACUACGAACGAGAAUUCCCCUCAGUAGAGGUCGGGCCACGACUCGAGCGAAGGACAAGCACAAGAGACAAUGAAGUCACUGAAAACACACUGACUUCCAUAACGUUUCAAAGUGAAGAUUUCUCGGAGACGCCUGUUCAAGAAUCAGACCAAAGCAGAAAACACGAAGAAGAAUUAAACUGCAGUACCGUUGUAGCUAAACUGAAAUCCAGUAUCAUGGCUUUUAAACAGCAGCUAAGUGUUGGUGUCCCAAAAGACAUGUGGAACGUUUGCCAUUUGCUGAAGGUCCUGCAGAACCUGAUUCUAACCUCUGAAUGUAAGGACAUUGGCACUGAACUUGGGCUGCCGCAUCUCCUCUUUGACUUGAUUCACAACUCUGUGGAAAACUUACAUUUCAUUGAGCAACCGUGGAAUCUACAAGCACUUGGAGAAAUGAUCGUUGUUUUACUGAUCUACUGGAACCAGGACUGCUUGAGAGGAGAAAAUAGACCUGAAAAGUUGAUCAAGUCCUUCUUGAUCAUUCUUAAUCAUCCAGACCUCAAUCCUAUAGCUCCUCUGGCUGCCUGCAUUUUAGCUCUCUUUACUCGACACAAGGUUGUUGUCAGCAUUGAUGUGGACAGGCUCGACUUGUUGCUGAAAGAAUUUGCCUCGGCCUCACAUCAGCUCCAGUUUUCACUCCCACACGGAUGGGGACUCUGUGACGGCCUCCUAUCUUUACUUCUGCACGCGCUCUCUGAGGACGGAGACAACUGCAGGUCUUCCUGUUUGGAUCCAUGUACAUUUUAUUGUCUCUGGAAAAGGACUGGCACCUCAUUAGCCUGGACGACGCCAGAUGCGGAUUUCUGUUCCACAAAUGGAUUAUAUUUUCUCAUGUCUGCCACACUGUUGGUCUUCUGCAAGGAUCCAUAUUCACAUAUUUCACUGUUUUCUGAGAACAAAUCCACAUUUGUGUACACUCUUGGCUGGCUGCUGAGCUGUGAAUGUCUUCCGUUGUUUGCUGAAGGCAAUCCUGUGAAAUUGGGGGAAGGUUUAAGUCACAAGACUUUUAUUGAGCUAAGUUGCCACUUCCUUUGCCUUCCAUUUGCUCUGGACUUGGAUUCAAACACCAGUUCCAGGAUAUUGCAGUUAUAUGACAGCUGUGGUGUUGUUAAAGGACUCCUGCAGGUGAUUCAAACUCUUCCUCUCCCAUCAGUGGAGCUGCCACUCUCGCUACUGUGCCGCUUGCUGCUGUGUGACCGUCAGCGCUGUGUUUCCCGCCUCUGUAGUACUUCCUGUUGCUUUUUCUCUCCACCUACGCUCACUACAUCGGGCCAGCAGCCUCCAACCAGAACCGCCAGUUCUCUGCUCUUUGAUUUGCUGCUGCUGGAUGAGCUGGGGGACUCUGCCGUAGAGCUCCUGUCUCUGUUAUACCUCAUCAACCAUUUUUGCCCCGGUCGCCUUCAGCUUCACCUUGAAUCCUCUGUGCUGCACCAGGCCCUGGUUCACUCGUACGACCCGAUCAGGGCUGCCGUAUGCAAAGUUUUGGGAAAUGUGUAUCCAUUCAGGUCUGACACGCUGCCCAAUUUACAACCAAACAUUUUUAAAAGCAUGAUAGAUCUUCUUGAAGAUUCAAGCGUGCAUGUGCGGCGGGCGGCUUGCUUGGCGGUUGGUAAAUGGUUGGGUUAUAUUGCAGUGGAGGCUGGCGUCAGCGCAAGAAGGCCCAAUGGAAAUGUAGACAACACUACACAGUGGUUAAAAGUCAGGGAAAAUGACGCACACAAGGAUUCAAGCAGCGAGCCAGGAGUUGCCGUAGUGACAAAAAAUGAAUCAGGUGAUGCCGAGAUGCCAAAAUGGAGAGAAGAAGCCAGGAUGACGGUGGCCACACUGGCAUCACUGACCUCUGACCCUGAUGUCCACACCCGUCUCCAUGCAUGUGCAGCUCUGGGAAACCUGGUACAUGUUCAAGGCGCCGUACCCAUGCUGCUGGAAAACAAUGUGUGCAGGUUGCUCCUGAGAGCUGCGUGCACAGAUACCCACAAUGCAGUGAGAGAAGCUGCCAUGGCCACUUUAAGCUUGUACAGUCAGCAGGAUGCCAUGCUACAGGUAAUGAAACGUACAUUUUGCUACUUUUUGUCACAAAAGGUACAAGUACAGUAAACCCUCGUGUAUUGCAUGUAAUUAGUUCCAGACCCAUCCACACCGUGAUAAGUACAUUUCCGUAAAGUAUGAUUCCUUAUUUAUAAAUGGAAUAUUUUCGUAGUUGAGCAUGGAAAACCUGUUUACAACCUUCUAAAUAAGUUUUUUAAUAUUAUUAGAUCCUUCAAGACAUGAACGAUCACCCCUACAGCCACCUUUACAAUCCCAUCACCCAAUAUGGACAUAAGAAAAAAUAAGAAAUAUGACCUAAUACUCAAAUCUUAGCAUUGGGAGAGUUCCUUGUUCAUUUUUUCAACUUCCUGUUCUGCACAGUACUUACUACGGUGGUUAUUGUGUAUCAGUGUAUCAAUUGUGUAUCAAUAUAGUGUUCCCUCUCUCUCACCUUGCGCGGAUUCAUAGUUUCGCAGAUUUUUUUGUGCUUUUUAUUACAGCCUACGAGAGGUUUUACAACCUUAAAACAUGUAUAAUAAUUGUAAAAAAAUGACGCUGGCUACUUCGCAGAUU